GCGAGGGAGAGAGAGAGAGAGAGAGGGAGAGCGAGCGAGAGAGUCAAACCAAACAGGACGAUCUGCGGGAGGAAUACAAAUGACACCUAAAGAAUGAGUCGAUCUGCUCGGAGUGGAGCCCUAAACCUGGAGAGUUAGCAUCUGCUGGUGUUUUUUGCUGGAGGAUCCGAAGAAACGAACCAAAAAAAGAAAGAAAUACAUCCAGGGGAAGUGGGGGGGGGGGGUUCUUCUUUUUGCUGUUGUGCGAUCUGAACUGAGGAGAUGACAGUCAAGCUGGACUUUGAGGAGUGUUUGAAAGACUCUCCGCGCUUCAGAGCUGAUAUCGAACUGGUCCAGAGCGAUGUGAGUGAACUCGAGACACGAUUAGAAAAGCUUGUGAAACAAUGCCAGGCCAUGCUGGAGGCCGGCAGAGUCUACUGCCACACCAGCAAGAGCUUCGUGAGUGGCCUCCGGGAUCUGGGACAGCACUGCUCUGGGGACAAGACCAUGGAGGAGUGUUUGGACAAAUUUUCCAAAAAGCUGUCAAUCAUCCUGGACGCUCAGGGGGAAGUGAUUGAGACCACACAGAAGUCAGUCAAGACGAAGCUGCAGAACUUUGUCAAAGAGGACGUGCGUCGCUUCAAGGACGUGCGGAAGGAGUUUGAGCGCAGCAGCGAAUGCCUGGAGGGGGCGCUGGUGAGGAACGCUCAGGCGCCGCGGAGCAAACAACACGAAGUGGAGGAGGCCAGCAACGCUCUGCUCAACGCACGCAGGGCCUUUCGGUCCGAGGCCAUGGACUACGUCCUGGAGAUUAACGUCAUUGAGGCCAAGAAGAAGACGGACAUUCUGAUGGCUAUGUUGUCUCUGAUGGAGUCCCAGGCUCAGCUCUUCCAACAUGGCCACCAGUCUCUCUCGGAGCUGGACGAGUAUCGGCGGAAAUUGAAUGAGGAGCACACCCAGUUUGUCCUGAACUCUGCCCGGGAGAAGAGGGACAUGGAGCAGAGACACGCGGCCAUCAAGAAAAAGGAUGUGUCCUAUGACGACUCAAUCAUGGACUUCAACGCCGACGCCGCUAAUGGGAUCCCCAUGGAGGGAUACCUGUACAAGAGAGCCAGCAACGCCUUCAAGACCUGGAGCAGGCGUUGGUUUUCGAUACAGAAAAACCAGCUGGUGUACCAGAAGAAAUUCAAGGAGCAGCCUACGGUCGUGGUGGAGGACUUGCGACUUUGUACAGUGAAGCCCAGCACCGAAAACGAAAGACGCUUCUGCUUUGAAGUGGUCUCUCCGUCCAAGUGUUGUUUGUUGCAGGCGGACUCUGAGAGGCAGCAGCAGGCGUGGAUCAGUGCCGUCCAGAACAGCAUCGCCUCAGCUUUUCAGGAGCACAGAGAGGACACACACAGCCCUAGGCAGCGCUGCAGCUCGGUGUCGGCGAACAAUUUUGGAGGAGUGGGAGGGGGAGGAGGAGGAGGAGGAGGAGGGGAUCAGGAGAACAAGGCCCGCGAGGCCCUGGAGGAGGUCCAGGCAAUCCCGGGAAACAGGCAGUGCUGCGACUGCGGGGAGCCGGGUCCCGACUGGGCCUCCAUCAACCUGGGCAUCACGCUUUGCAUCGUCUGCUCGGGAAUACACAGGAACACACACACACACAUAACAAAAGUACGCUCCCUCACUCUCGACUCCUGGGAGCCGGAGCUCAUUAAGCUGAUGUGUGAGCUGGGAAACACGGUAAUCAACAGGAUCUACGAGGCCCGCAUCGACGAGAUCACCAUCAAGAAGCCCCACCCCUCCAGUCCCAGAGGAGACAAGGAGUCGUGGAUACGAUCGAAGUACGUCGAAAAGAAGUUCAUCCAAAAGCUGCCAGAGACCGGCAGAACCGCCCUGGUGAGGCGCUCCAGCGGCAGGAGGAACCGAGCCGACGCGCAGGACCGGCCCGCACAGCGGCCGCCCCUCAAGCCCAAGCCCGGCCGAGCCACUCUGCCUCGGCUCACGGGGCUGAACCCCAGUGACCUUCUCCAGAAGAACAACACACACAGAGAUUCGGACGAGGAAGAAGAGGACCUGAGCGGACUUCACCCGGGGGCCUUGCUGUACCGCUCGGCGGCCCUGCAGAACUUCCCCGUCAUGGCCGACGCUCUGGCCCACGGAGCCAGCGUCAACUGGGUCAACGCGGCCGAGGAGUCCAGCACGCCGCUGAUCCAGGCGGUCUCAGCGAAUGCGCUGGCAGCCUGCGAGUUCCUGCUGCAGAACGGCGCAAACGUCAACCAGGCCGACAGCAGCGGGCGGGGGCCGCUUCACCACGCCACCAUCCUGGGUCACACCGGGCUGGUUUGCCUCUUCUUGAAGCGAGGCGCGGACUACAACGCCAAAGACAAGAACCAGAAGGACCCCAUCACCAUCGCCGUGGACACGGCCAACGCUGACAUCGUCACUUUGCUGCGGAUCGCCAAAAUGAACAAGGAGAUGCGGGAGAUGGACGGAGCGUUUGGCCAAUCAGGCGAUGAGACGUACCACGACAUCUUCAGGGACUUUUCGCACAUGGCCUCAAACAACCCGGAGAAGCUGAAACGCCGCAGUGCAGACCCCAAAACUUAACCGGCCUCUUCCUCCUCCUCGCCGUGCAACGCCUCGUGUCCACACACACACACGCGUGUGGUCAUAGCGCAGCUGUUGUUGACCUCGGAGGGGAUGAAAGCUUCUUUGUGUGAACGCUGCAGCAGCUUUGAGAGCGGCAGGAGGUGCCUUAAUGUGCAGCAGAUUCCUUCCUGUGGUGAAUCUGUUUAGGAUUUUAUUUUAUUUUUUAUAAACUGCAGUGUUGUUUGGAAAAGGACAUAUUUGUUGCAGGGAUUAAGUUGACUGUCGGAUUGUAAUGUAUACAAAACUUUACGUUAGGGACUUUGAUACAGUGUUAUUUUAAACUGUGAGGUACUUAAGAUUUUGUAUCACCAUCAAAUAAACAAAAAGCCUCGUGGCUUUAACUCCA